AUGUCUCUUAUUCUGAACACUGUCAUGGACGACUUUUUAGGACGUGGGUUGCAAUACGCCACGAACAAUCAGUUUACCCUGAAGCUUGACUCUACUUCCACCGCGGCCUGCAAGCUGAUGGAAUACUUUCCGAAUGCUAUGUACUUUGCCGCAUCGUAUUUAAUGGUUGCAUUUUCGAUUGAUCGGGCUCUCACCAUCUACCGUCCGCUUCGGUUUAAUUCCUUCUUCUAUCGGAAGUAUGCUACUUUGACCUGCGUCCUUGUCUUCGUUGUUGGGCUUCUGGGAAAUUUACCCUUCUUACUGAUUCAAAAACUGCAGGCUGACUCUGCCGUCACAACAAACUACACUUGUGUGAUGAAUCGCGACUAUCCGAGGAUGGCUAAAUUCGCGAUUGUCUUCAGUACUCUUGUCACCUUUUUCCUGCCUGUCUUAGUAAUCUUUGCUCUGAACAUCCUUAUAGUCGCCCGCCUUUGGCAGAUACACAGAUGGAGGAGGCGUCAGCUCAAGAUCAAAACUCGCGUCGUCUCUGAGCUAGGCCGGGCAGCGGGACAUUUGGCAAUGAGUACCGCUUUUCUGCUGCUCUACGUGCCGGUUGGUUUUGUCGUACUGGUCCGUCUGCAUUUUACGGAAGUGCACGGCGAUGACACUAGCGCUGCGGCCCUUCGAAUUAUUGACUUGUCACGUCUCUUGUCCUCUCUCAAGGACUUAGCCUACGCAGUCAACGUCGUAAUUUACGCGGUAUUUCUGAAGAAUUUUCGAACACGCCUAUUUCAACUUCUGCUCUGCCAGAGGAGUAACGAAACCCGCCACAACCUUGCUGCCCGGACGGAUAAAGACCCACGGAACGUCUGA